ACAUGGAAAUGUUGUCCACGAGGUGCACAUUUUUUAAUUAUCAGGUACCGAGGUGGAAUUACAACACACCACACCUGAGAGAAAAGUGCAUGUGAAUAUUGAGAGUGAUCAUGUGACUAUUUUGGUACGUAUUUCAGACUUUCGCUAGAUAUUUGCCAGAAAGGUUUAUAUACAUUUACUUAGUCAAAUAAGAUAUAGUUUAUGUUUCAAUAAAGCAAUUGCUAGGUUAAAAAUGUGUGAUAUAUCUUUAAACGAAACCCGCUACAAAUGAAACCCCUGCUGGUUAGAAUGCGGCUGAUAACAAGACAGAGUAGUGAUCUUUGGGCCGCUACAUCAACGACUCCAAUAGUGGCUCCAAUGUUGCGUUUUGGGGAGGGGGGGUCACUGGUGACUACUUCCGGUUGAGUUUUUUUUUUGUUGCAACGGAGUCCACAGCAGCAGCAGCAGCUACGACUUGAACGACGGAGUCUUCUUAGGAAUGAAUAUUUAAGCUAAACCUAUUAGCCAGACUCAAAAACAUAUUCAAGCGGUUUCAAGUGUCAUAUUCUCAGGCAUUUUUCUCGAACUUUGCGCCCUGGAGAGGGUGCCACCGCAAGCCCAAAUACAUGUCGCUGGACUUCCUACCCGAGUGCGCUGCUAGCUAGCUAACAGUAGCAGGCUAGCUAACGACAAUCAUUUCUACAGUAACGUACAUGUAGCGAGACGGGAUUUCACGUAUUUUCUAAACCAACUGACCGUUGUUAAAUAACUUAUUAUCGCCACUCAAGCUUGCUGUUUGAUAUUGUACUUAUGUUGGCUUAUCGUAUUCGUGUACGUUAGUAUUGUGAUGAACACUGGGGCCCAACUUAGCUGGUUAGCAUCUAGGCUAACUAGCUAACUUAUGUUGCUUAUACCAGAGGGGUCUGUCAAAUUCAAUUAGCUUGCCCAGCUCUCGGCCUCUUGAAUUGCUUUUUAAACCAUUUCUCGAUUUGAGUUACUAGCUAGCUGUCCGAUAUUGAAUCCUUAUUGCCAAUUGUGUUAGUCUACCUCGUCCUCUUUCCCCUUUCUCCUGUCGCCUCCCUGAAACUGGCGGUCCACCAUAGCAUCUUGCCAAACAGGCUGUUCAGGUGCAUCAGGCACUCGCUCAUCGUAGCUUUGACAAUCCGCACAGCAAGUGCUGCCGACUGCGGUCACCAACUACGGACGAAAGUAGCCCAAACCAAUGUUAAGCCAUCUUACACGGAGUUAACUACAUCUAGGGUCCCCGAAAGUCGGUGCCCUGCCUUCCAAUUUCGCGCCAAGAAGAGUAGUAUUGUUGUGGAAGGUGAGCCCCAUCAGCACCGGGCGUCCAAGCUCGCGAUGCCCCCUCCUACGGUCAGCAGUAAAGCUCGGGUCUACACCGAUGUCAACACGCAGAAGACCAGGGACUACUGGGACUACGAUGCACACGUGCCAAGCUGGAGUAAUCAGGACAACUACCAGUUGGUGCGUAAGCUGGGCCGGGGGAAAUACAGCGAGGUGUUUGAAGCCGUCAACAUCAGUAACAAUGAGAAAGUGGUGGUUAAAAUCCUCAAGCCUGUUAAGAAGAAGAAGAUCAAGCGAGAGAUUAAGAUCCUGGAGAACUUGCGUGGUGGAACCAACAUCAUCCGCCUGGUGGACACAGUGAAGGAUCCUGUGUCUAGAACACCGGCACUUGUCUUUGAGUGCAUCAAUAACACCGAUUUUAAGGAACUUUACCAGAAGUUAACAGACUUUGAUAUUCGUUUCUAUGUGUACGAGCUUCUCAAGGCUCUGGACUACUGCCAUAGCAUGGGGAUCAUGCACAGAGACGUCAAACCACACAAUGUCAUGAUCGACCACCAGACGAGAAAGCUGCGUCUCAUAGACUGGGGUCUGGCUGAGUUCUACCACCCAGCCCAGGAAUACAACGUCAGGGUGGCCUCCCGUUAUUUUAAAGGACCGGAGCUGCUAGUGGACUAUCAGCUAUAUGACUACAGUCUGGACAUGUGGAGUCUAGGCUGCAUGUUGGCCAGCAUGGUCUUCCUGAAAGAGCCGUUCUUCCAUGGCCAGGACAACUACGAUCAGCUGGUCCGCAUCGCUAAGGUUCUUGGGACAGAUGAGCUGUUCGGCUACCUACACAAGUACCACAUUGAGCUGGACACGCGUUUCAAAGACCUCCUGGGACAGCAGACGAGGAAGCGCUGGGAGCAGUUUGUUCAGACAGAGAACCAGCACCUGGUGACCCCUGAGGCCCUGGACCUGCUGGACAAGCUGCUACGUUACGACCACCAGCAGAGACUGACCGCUGCUGAGGCCAUGCAGCAUCCAUACUUCUAUCCAGUGCUGAAUGAACAGACCAUCUCCAACACAGACACCAAGGCAAUAAGUGGAUCCAAUGCAACAUGAUGGACAGAGAGGAGGAAAACCUUUGUUACCUCAACUUGUGACCCUUUCGUGGCAGAAACGAUCUGCCUCCAAGUCUACAGCCAUACUGGAGCAAGAAGUCAACUUGCAACACACACAACACUCUUGGAUUAAACCUAAAUCUUUCACAACGUGGGUUCUAGCGUUGCUUGGCCCCAGUCACACACACCGUCUCGGAUCCAAGCUAUGAGGUGUGAUAUUGCCUCCUAGAACUGCCCCCUGAAAUCCCUGCCCGCUCCCCACCCCACCCAGCUCAACUCCCCUGUUUUCAAAUAAGCUGAUGUCAGAUGUGAUACAGAGAUUGACUCCAGGUCAGUUUGGCACUGGUGUUGUGCUGUGAGAUGUGUGUUGGUCAGUAUGGAGCUGCACUGGCCUGGGGUCAGAGCUAUAAUAGCACUGAGUGGCAUGGAGGCUCUUUUCUGCUAUGGAUAGAACAAAUACUAUAUUAAAGAGAAUAAACCAUUUUUAUUUAAAUGUU